AUGCGGCGGCAGCAGGGCAUGCGACUCGAUGACAGAUACGUUCCGUACUUGCAAAUGGCCGGACUAUACCAUCUUGCAAGGUUGAACGAUAGAUGGUUCCGGUUAGACGAGACCCUUGUCAGUGCAUUCGUCGAGCGAUGGCGUCUGGAGACGCACACGUUUCACAUGCCGUUCGGAGAGUGCACGAUCACACUUCAGGACGUGGCAUACCAGUUGGGUUUGCCUGUGGACGGGCGUUACGUGAGCGGCUGCCUAUCAGAGUUUCAUUUAUACAUCCAGGGUGCCCGCCCAGCCUGGGUGUGGUUCCAGGAGUUGCUUGGAGUGGUUCCACCUCCCAGCCAGGUUCAGAAGUACGCAGUGAACUGCAGCUGGUUUCAGGAGACUUUUGGUGAGUGCCCCGAUGGAGCCGAUGACGAGACUGUGCGGCGAUAUGUCCGUGCGUACAUCAUGAUGUUGUUGGGUACGCAGCUGUUUGGGGACAAGUCUGGCAACCGCAUUCACAUCAGAUGGCUUCCCUACGUAGCUAGGCUGGAGGAGAUGGGUACCUAUAGCUGGGGUUCUGCAGCACUGGCAUGGUUGUACCGGUGCAUGUGCCGAGUGGCGAACAGACAUGUGGUCAAGCCUUCUGGAUAUGAGACGUUCAGUUGUCCAUUGGCUUCGAGGUGGUCAGGAUACAACCCUUCUGGUAGCGAGAAAGGCCCUAGAGUGGAGAUGUGGAGGCUGAGGAUAGACCGGUUACAGGACGGGGAGUUUAUCUGGAUGCCGUACACCACUCCCGACGUACUUCAGGUUGUGCAUCCAGAGGUUUUGGAGCCUCGGCAUAUGGCGUUGUGGCGGUCAGUGACGGCGCUGAUCUACUUUGCCGUCAUAGAGUGGCAUCAGAUAGAUAGGGUUCUUCCGCAGUUCGGAGGGGUGCAGCCCCCUCCGAAUCCCGCACUGAACAUCGACUUUCUGAUGUCGAAGGACGGCAGAGGCGGCGAUAAAUGGUUUCUGUACGAUCUUCAGAAGUGGCAUCUGUAUUGGGAGUCCCGUGCGGACACGGUGCUGAGGUUUGAUGUUGUUGCCGACCCUGGACCAUCGCAUUUGUUUCUUGAGUGGUGGAGUCAGUAUGGAAAGAGGUUCUUGUCUCCGGAUAUGCAGUUGGGGGAUCCGAGAGCCGUUCCUAUUCCAGUUGAGGCCUCACAGCGAGGUGCCGGGCGAGUUCCUGACAUGGAUCGUCUUGAGGACGUGCCUGACAGGCGCAGGGUUGAGAGGAGAGCUCGUGUGGGCACACGACGGAGCCAGCGUGAGUGGAGGUGGCUUGAUGCUGCUUUAGACGAUGAUGACCAUGCUGGUGCGGCUAGAAGCGGACGACGAGGCCAGGGAGGGAGACGGAGAGGGCGUGGUGCCGACGACGAUGACGACGAUCAGUAUGGUCCGGUGGGCGGGGAUGGAGCAGGGGCUGUUGCAGUUGGUGGUGUUAGUACCCACGAUGGCGGACAUGGAGGAGAGUGGUAUGGGUCAGGUAUGGGUGAUGGGGCUAAGCCUGGUGACACUGGACUUGGGCCUGUGUCUCUUGGGGAUUACUUCGUUGGUGUACCCGCCCAUGACCAGCCUCAGCAGGAGGGUACCCCUUGGGUUAUUCCGGGAUCACAGUGGUCAGAUUUCCUUGGCUCAGAUACGCUUGAUGCGGACUUCGGGGGUCCAUAG